CAAACCAAGUACAGCAUUUCUUUCCUGGCUUCAUACUCUCGAGGGUUUUCUGUGUAAUCAGCUAACCGCCCAAAUCGUGAAUAGAGCAGUCUCACAUAGUUCUAGCAGCUUAUGUGCAAGGAUGGACAAUAAUCCUCAGUCUUCUGGUUCCCAGGAUGCGACCGUAAAUGUUCAACGAGACUUUCGAGAAGCAUUUGACUAUGAUGAAGCACCAGAAGAAAUCCGUCAGUGGUUGUUGACUCAACAAGAACAGUCUAUGAUGCCAACGCAGCAAGGGCAGCCGUCUAUGCCUACAUCUUCAGCUUCUCAUGUCUGGAUCCCUCCUAAUCAAAGUCAACCACUGCAAUAUUCUCAGCCACACUCAUAUACACAAGGGCAGCCUUCUACGCCUACAUCUUCAGCUUCUCAUGUCUGGAUCCCUCCUAAUCAAAGUCAACCACUGCAAUAUUCUCAGCCACACUCAUAUACAUCUAUGAUGCCAAUGCAGCAAGGGCAGCCGUCUACACCUACAUCUUCAGCUUCUCAUGUCUGGAUCCCUCCUAAUCAAAUUCAACGACUGCAAUAUUCUCAGCCACACUCAUAUACACAACCGCAGCCGUCUAUGCCUACAUCUUCAGCUUCUCAUGUCUGGAUCCCUCCUAAUCAAAGUCAACCACUGCAAUAUUCUCAGCGACACUCGUAUACAGUAAGGCAGCCAUCUACGCCUACAUCUUCAGCUUCUCAUGUCUGGAUCCCUCCUAAUCAAAGUCAACCACUGCAAUAUUCUCACCCACACUCAUAUACACAAGGGCAGCCGUCUACGCCUACAUCUUCAGCUUCUCAUGUCUGGAUCCCUCCUAAUCAAAGUCAACCACUGCAAUAUUCUCAGCCACACUCAUAUACACAAGGGCAGCCGUCUACGCCUACAUCUUCAGCUUCUCAUGUCUGGGUCCCUCCUAAUCAAAGUCAACCACUGCAAUAUUCUCAGCCACACUCAUAUACAGCUGUAAAUGUUCCUAGUGGUGCUCAACAAUCCUCAUCUGAUUGGCAAGAGUAUAAAAUCAAUGAGCAGCCUAGAUAUUAUCGCAACAAGAAAACAUCACAGUCUACUAGGGAGAAGCCUUUGGAAUUAAUGAACCCAAUUGAGAGAGCUGAUGCAUCAACUGUGUGGAGGGAAUUGAUAACUCUGGAUGGUCAAAAGUACUACUUCAAUCUGGUUACAAGAAAUUCUCAAUGGCGCAUUCCUGAGGAGUUAAAGGCAGCUCAUGAACAAGCUGAGAGAGAAGCUUACCUACGGGCGCAAGCGGCAACUGAUGCAUCUACUGCGUGGAGGGAAUUUAUAACUCAGGAUGGUCAAAAGUACUACAGCAAUCUGGUUACAAAAAAUUCUGAAUGGGACAUUCCUGAGGUGUUAAAGGAGGCUCGUGAACAAGCUGCUUUUAGAGAAGCUAACCUAUGGGCGCAAGUGGCAACUGAUGCAUCUACUGAGUGGGCGGAAUUCUGUGCUCCGGAUGGUAAAAAGUACUACUUCAAUAUGCGUACAAACACAUCUCAUUGGAGCAUUCCUAAGGAGAGAGAAGCUAACCAAGGGACACAAGCGGCAAGUAUCAAGGUCUCUUCUCCUGAAGAAUCAUUCUCCAUCUUUUCACCGGUACCGAAUACUCAUCUGCUGCUGUAACUUCGGUUUACUCCCAUCUUUUCAACGGUGUCUGGGUUAGCUUCAAGCCCAGUUCUAGUAACUUCAGGAAGUACCGGGUUUCCUUCUGCGUUUUAGCACUGGCACUACACCAAUGUACAAACUUCAUCUGCUCUAGUUUUCUACUCAUUGAGCUUUGAGC